GUCGUGUGUGUGCAAGUGUCCUAGGGGGAAGUGAUGCUACCCAUGUCCGUGUCACCCUGAGUAACGUCGCGCCGCUAUGGCAAGCGCCGUAGGUGCAGUGUUAGACGAGGGCGAGUCGUUCGGAGACGUCGUCGACGAGUAUUUCUCCUUCAUUUACGACGAAGCCACAGACGACGGUGUGAGUGAUACGGAAGAGAGCGAGGCUGACGGGGUCGGCCGCGGCUCGUGCAUGGACAUCACCUACCAGGUUCAGGAUCCAAUAUAUCAGAAUCUCUGGAGAAGAGGAGAAUCAGUGAAACCAAAAGAUGUGCCGUCAGGAGCUGGCGUUGAGGCAAGCAGUAGCAGCAGUGCCGCGAGACGAGUCCAGAGAAAACCCAAGGCUCUCUUAAAGACGGACGAAGGUGUAGUGGGCAUGGCCACGAGUGCUCAAGGCAGUUUUCGGGACAUAGAGCAAAAUCGCAUACAGGGAUUCGACAGCUUCUUGGAACCCGCCACAGAUUCAGUGUCCAGCCGCGGUGGGGCGCCAGCUGGCAUUGAGAAUAGCGGGGAGGUUGCUAACCUCAGCCCCACUGCUGGUCAGCUGGCACGACCGGCCUCCACAGCGCCAGUUUCCAUUAACAUCUCCGCAGCAACCAACACCAUAUCAACCUCGAGCCACUUCGAGGCCCCCACGACGGCCAGCACUCAGCCCGGGGGGCGGCUGGCCGACGUCCGAGGCAAGUCGGUGGUCCAGCUACCCUCUGGCCCCGUAAUGGGCGAUCACGAAGCCGUCGCCAGCCAUCAGGUGUCUCCUGCCAGCAAGCAGACCAUCUAUAUCAACGGAGACACCCCGGACCGAGGUUCGGGCGCCACUUCGGUGUACCUGGUGGGCCAAGGGGCGGCGUCACCUGCUCAAGACGUCACGCUCGAGCCAGCCGUCACAGCCCCGAUUACUAUUCAGGUGUCUCAAAGUCCCGCUGAGCAAGACCCGGCGCGUAAUGAGGCGUCUCGGGCGAGUGUCACGACGGGUCUCGAGGCCCGCGAUGUGGGCAGGUUCCUGGAGGAGGUGCAUACCCCGCUUUUAGCCGAGGAGGCGCGAAGGGCGGCUGGGGGAGGCUCCACGUACGCGAUGGAAGCCCCUCCGGACCUCGUGCGCGACUCCGCCCCGCACGCUGGCGAGCGAACCCUCAACAUCGGCGCCAUCGAGUGCGAAAUCCUAGACGAACUCUUCGAGGACAUGAUGCUGAAGGAGUCAAAAGCGAGUCCGCCUGUCGGAGCUCAGGUGGUCGACAUGUCAUCCCCCGCAUAUAUGAAUGGCGUGUCGUCGAGCCCGGACUCCCCAAUCGAUUGUCUGAUUAAUGGUUUACCAAGGUAUUGCCACAGCAGAGGCGACGAGGAUGGCCUGGCGGAGAUGACGUUGCCCCCAGCUGAGUCAGAGCCGGCAAUCCUAGGGAAGUAUAAGGCGGCCCUCGAGGCGCCCGAGGCCGAGUUCUGCGUCACUCCUACGGACGGGAAGUGUCUCGACGACGAGGAGUGCAGCGAGGCUCUUGUGGAGUCGUGGAAGUACGUUCCGGGGGGCGACGAGUGGCCCCUUCAACUCCCUACAGACGCGAGUGCGAGUCCUAAAGAAGGUGAAGCACAGAUCCGCGAAAUGUGCAGCGGUGGCAGUGUCGAUUUUUUGCUAUGUCCGGAGGAAGAAGGCGCUGGGAGGUUUCGCUCUACCUUUAGAGAUCCGUGGGAGAGUGAGGACGGGCUGAGAGGACAUGAGACCCAGCCACCCAAGGAUUUGCAAGCUCCUUCGCAGGCUCAGACUCCGGUCGCCACCAAUCUCUGUGACUCGACCUCACUACCCAGGGACGAGCCCUUCAAUAUCCACAGUGACAUUCUCUUGGGCGACAAAGAACCUCAGAGUGUUGGUGAAAUGUCCUUGGCGAAUGUCGACACUAUCACAAAUGCUCAUAACAAGUGUGUUUCGGAUGUGGAUGCAGCCUUAAGUUAUAAAAACUCUUUUGUGAAUCAGGAGAUACCAACAACGACAAAUAACUUUCCUUUCGUGGAGCCCAUUAAACCUCUCAAUAACAGUGACGUAACUAAUAGUGCCCAAGAAUUGUUUGCUAGUAGCAGUGAUAUCCUAAGAACAGACCAGGGCGCCCCCCUCAACCUCCUUCCAGACUUAGUGCAGCUCAGUGAUUCUACCUCGACCCCCGCACAGAGCCCCUCCUCCCCCCCGGCAGAGUGCGACGAGCGCGGGGAGCGUUCAUGGCACGAGCUGGGGGGCGGGCGGGCCGAGGCAGGGGCGUGUGCGACAAGCGACGGCGACGGGGAUAUGAUUUCCGAGAGCGACCAGGACGGGCCUGCGUCUCCAGGGCCUUCCGCGGGAAAGGCGCUUCCCUCUGACGGCGAAGGGGCAGCUCCCUGUCCUCCUGACAGCGAUGCGGAUGAGAACGAUGGCACGGGCCUGGCCGCAGCCAUGUCACGGGUGGUUCGCCGGAGCAUGAGGCGUAUGCGGCGGCUGCGGUUGUCCGGCCGUCGAUCCCCGAACCGCGGACACAAAAGCGCCGAAGACGCUCCCGCGAAUACCAGCGAGGAAACGGAGGGUCGGCGCACCGUGCCUGCGGCGCCUGCGGUAGGGUUGCCCACCGUGCGCUCCCCCGCAGCGGCCUCCAUCAUCGUGUCCUCCCUGGUGGCCGCCCUCGCGCCCCCGCCCCUCCACGCUCACCCCCGAGAAAUCCUUGAUCCCCCGCCCACAGAAGCCCCCGCGCUAAGCAACGGCGUAAGCGACAACCAACCCGACGGCGGCCAGGCGGGGGCGGCGGGGGGCGACAAGCGGCAGCGUCGUUCGCGGCAUCGACGCUCGGGUUCCAGAGGCCGCCGCGACCCUUCGUCAGAGUCACCCGCGCCCUCGCCGCCCCUGAGUCUGGAGGUGGAGGUGGGUGGGUACGCCCCCAGCGCGCCGCCAAGCAUAGACGUCCUCCCGCUCUCCCCAUCGUCUCCUCCGCUGCUCGUGGAGGCAACGCCGACUCCUAUCCCCAGUGCUCCUCCGAGCCUGGAGGACGCGCUGCUAGCGACGGAGGGAAGCCGCGGCGAACGAGGGAGCGCUGCCCCCCGCCCUGUACCCCUCGCCUCCCCAGCCCCCUUCCCCUCCGCCCCCGCCGCGGCACUCGCCCGCUCUUCCGCCACGUCCCCCUCCCGUGCCCCCACUACUACGUCCCCCUCCCGCACCCCCUCUACCACGUCCCCCUCCCGUGCCCCCACUACUACGUCCCCCUCCCGUGCCCCUACCACUACGUCCUCCUCCCGUCCCUCCUCCGCCACACCCCUUCCGCGCCCCUCUACCACCAUCUCCAUCCCGAGGCCCUCCACCACGUCACCCUCGCGCCCCUCCACUGCGCCCAUCCCUCGCCCGCAAGUCACCACGACACGCCACACCUCCCGCCCGACCACGACCCCCAGCGCCGCCACUUCUCCCGCCCACUCCGCCCGCCUGGCCUCGCCGCCGCCGCCGUCAGCCACUGCCACUGAAGGGACGGCUUCAAACGCCAGGCGAGGGCAGAACCAGCGGCGCCGCCAACGACGGCGCGGCGACAGCAACAAUAACAACAGUGCCACAUCGACGACUGACAGAGCCGCAGCCGGGACGACCACCGCCGCCAACGACGCCAGAUCGAGAAAUGCUAAUAGCAAUAACAGUAAUAAUAACAAUAACAACAGCACUGCCAACAACAACAACGUUCGUGACAGCCCUAGAAGGAACGCAUAUGCAGGUUCGUCCUCGGGAGCUGGUCUGGAGGCGGAGCGUCUGAGGGUUCAAGGAGGGACGUGGACCCACAGUCACUCGGGUCUGAUGUCAUCCCUCGCCGUCACCGUCACCACGUUCAACAUCUCGAGGUUCGCCGUGCUGGGAGCCCGCUUCGGAUGGCCGUUCGUGGUGCAGUGGGGCGUGGUCUCCCUGGUGCUGGGGCUCCCUCUCAUGACCUUCCACAUGACAGUCGGACAGUACUUGGGCGCCGGCGUCGUCGACAUGUGGAGAAUCUCACCCAUAUUCCAGGGUGUCGGCUACAGCUUGGCCCUGGCGCAGGCGCUGCUGGGUGUGUACUGCUGCGUGCCCAUAGCCUGGCUCUUCAUCUACUUCAGGGACUCCUUCAGCAUACACCACGGCAGGUUCCGGUGGGCCGACUAUCGCUUCGUCAACUCUUCAUUGCAAGAGAACUUCAGUGCAGUUAUCGAGGGGGUUCCAAAAUAUUUCAAUACCCAAGUGUUGCAAAGGAGCGCUGACAAUACAUCCUGGCUGCAAGACCUGGGUUCUCUCAAGUUCGACAUGGCCUUCAACAUCGCUCUUAUUUGGAUCAUUACUCUGAUUGCCCUGAGUAGAGGUAAUCAGCUAUAUGGAAAGGUGUGUUACAUUAUAUUCCUGUUGCCACUUCUGUGUUAUUUGGUGGUGUGUCUUUAUCUGGCAUCAUCUACCAAAGAUGACAUCUACAUGAAUGGUGCAAACUUCAAUGAUAUUUUCACAAGUAGCCGUUCCUGGAUGGCAGCUAGUCGAGAAGUGUUCCUAGUCUGGGGCGUCCAUGGGGCUGUCCUGCAACAAAUGUCUGCUCAUAAUAAGCGUGGUCAUCCAUUAUACCGAGACACCACGAUAGUGUGUCUCAUAACCACACUCACCCUAGUACUGGCAGCUGUCACAGGCUUAUCAUGUGUGUCUGGGUUUCAACAAAACAACUUACAUUAUAAACCCUCUUCUUUUGAAAGAACAGAAACGGCGCAGUUCCUCUCCAACAUCCCCUCCCGACAGUCUCAGAUGCACGAGUCUUUCCUUUCCUUUCGGAAGACCAAUGGGCCCCCAACUAUGCCUGCGGAGUAUAUGCACUACGAUAACUUCUACGCAGGGAUAAGAAUACGAACACACAGAAGUAUGAGUGUGACCAGAAAAGAAGACGAUGAACCCAGCGGCUACCAGAGUCUACGUCUUGCGACAGAGUUGUUCCCUGCAUUGCUGGGAGUGUAUGGCACGAAGAACAUCUCUCCUUUUUGGUCAUCUCUCUUCUUCCUGAGUCUGCUGCUCUUCGGAAUAGCGCAGCAGCUGGCUAUGUGGCGGACAGUGGUUGAGGCAGUGAUACGCAUCAACCAGGAGCGUCUGCAAGCAUGGGAGACUUUCAUCACCUUCCUAUGCUGCGUCUUUGGGUUCUCAGCUGCACUUCCCAUGGCAACUGGGGCGGGGAUACAGAUAAUGUACUUCCUUGAUUAUGUUGUGAGCUGUGGAUGGUGGCUAAUGAUAAUACAACUAGUCCAGAUUUUUGCUCUCUUAUUUGUUCGUGGAAAGCCUUACAGUGGGCACGACAUAGUCAGUGAGCUGAUGGGAAAGAGUGACCAAUGCCGUUCACUGUGGCUAGGUCCUCUUACCUCCUUUGCCUGGAAUAUUAUAGUCCCAGUUGGUCUCCUUGUGCUGUCCAUCUCAUCAUUCAAGUCUGGACAGUUUAGAGAAGUAUUUGCCUGGGGCAGUAAUAGCUACUGGCCAAUAGGGGUCUGUCAACUAGCAUCAGCUAUGCAACUUUUCCCAAUUCUUCUGGUGCCACUUGUAGGCCUUAUUCAGACUUGCCGAUAUUUGGCUUCAACUGAUGAUGAUUUGUUUGAGAGAAUACAGUUGCUGUACAGGCCAUCUCUCAGACAACGGACAAGUGGCAACAGUUUCAUGUCUGUCACUGAAGAAUCUGAAGUCGAUGGAGUAGAAGGUUCUAGAGAAGGCCAGGGAGAACAAGGAGCCAAUGUGACUCCGCGACCUUACAGUGACCCUCCCCCUAAAUAUACCCCCCCGCCAUCCUAUUCCACUGCUACUGGUGUCAGAUUUGCAAAACUUCUGAACCAAAGUUUACGCCAGAGCAUGCGCCGCCUUCGUGAUACAUUGCGAAGCAAUGCAGAAACAAAUGUAGCAACAGACACUGAGGCAACAGCUCAGUUGGAGGAAUGCCAUAUAACUGAAACACAAGUCAGAACAUCAACACCUUAUAUCCCGCCACCUGACUAUGUAACGGCAGUUAGUGAGUGUGCUCCAGACCGAAGCCAGAGUUCUACCUCCACAGAGCCUCCUCCCAGGUACUCUACACUGGACCCUCUGCGACGGCAACAGGCCCUGGCAGCCUUGGGGAACAGUCUAGCUUCUGGUUCUCAUAUCAAGGCGGAUGGGGACACUGAUCAAGCAUUACCAACGACAUCAGAGUUGCAACGAGAUAACAGCCUGCGCAGAUCAGGGCUUCGUCGUAGUAUUGCAUCAGGUGUCCGCAGGAGUGCUAGGCGCCUGGCUGCAACACUAGGGGUUGGAGGUGGUGAGGAUGGUGCUACAUUAGUCAACAGUGAAGUGCCCCUUAGUCAAGAUAGUCAACAAGGUGGAGAAAAUGAGGAAUCGCAUCCUUAUGCUUUUACCAAUUUUGAACUUGUUUCUCAGUCAGAUGCAUAAAUUAGUUGUAAGAUUAAUUAAAUGUUCCCAAAAUGAAAAUAGGCAUUAAUAUUUAUAAUGUAAAAUCUGAAUGUUAUCUGUUGUUUUCAUAGUUUUAGAUUUUAUUGUAGGCUAAGUUGCCUAAUUUUAUUACUAGAAAUUACAAGAAACUAUACAGUGCAAUAGAAAAAUGUGCUUCUUUUUAAUGUUAUGGUGAUAGAGAAUAUUUCAUAUAAAUCAUCCAAGGGUGAUCUGUUUUAGUACAUUGCAGUCAUAAUGUACCAAAAAGUGCUACAGCCUUGGGAUGAACAAUGGAUGUACAAUAUCUAAAAAAGAUAGAAGUUUUCCACAUUCUAGAGACAAAAAUAUAAUUGCUUUUCUGAGUGGUGCUCUUCAAUCUUGAAAUGAUAUUUUGCCUAAAUGAAUAUAUAAACAAAACAUCUGUGAUAUUUAAGAACUUUUUCUCAGACAUGCUGUGUCACAGAAGAUAUAGCUGUCAGUGAUAAAUACGUGGACCAUACAUUGGAUUGGCCUAUACGCUUAAUUCAUAAAAUUAAUUUGAUGAACUAGGAGCAGCUUUUAUUCUUUCCAGGUGCACUAAGAGUUAGUACUUUGUCUUUGAGGUUUUCAAAAUUUUAAUGUAUCAGUAAAAAAAGAAAGCCUUUGAAAAAUCAAAUACACAUAUUAUGGGUCUUUCUCAAAAUAUACAUUGCAUCUAUGUAUUUUCUGACCGUUGCCUUUCUUGAAUUUUUUACUGCAAAAGCCUCAUCAGAUAAGUAUUGACAGGUUCAGUUGAUCCAUGGAAGAGUUGCCAAUGAGAAGUAUGAGGAGAGCAAAUGCUACUACUGCAGUAUGUCCUGGCUUCAUAAAUUUGUGCCAAACUCCAAAUAGUGAGGCUGACAGUAAAGUACUCAGUAAAGGAAAGGUUUACUUGGCUGAGAAAAUCUUGUUUGUAGAUAUAUUUUUCACAACAUCACCUAGUAACAUUCUGCUGCUGUUGUGAUGGGAAAAUACAAGGUAUCUUUACACAGGUAGAUCCACUCCAUCCAAAUGAAAAUCCCAGUUGGCAACUUCGAGCCCCACCUCAUCACCUUUAUUCAAUGCAAAUAUUAUCAUUAUUUUUUUUUUUUUUUGCCAUGGCUUCUUUUACAUUUUUUCCCCCCAGUUAUUACUGAACCAUUUCAAAAGAAAAUGCACAGAAAUAAUUUUAUAAAUAUCACACAAAUUGUUGGGGGUCAGAAAGUGGGUAGGGCUAAUAACAUCACAUUUAACCAACGAAAAUGUCGCAUGAGAAAAUUGAUAUAACUAGAUACUUAAUUAUUUGUAUAAUUUGCUCAGUAUUAUCACACUUACCAGAUGAAAAAACAAAAUUUCCUUUUUAUUUAUGAUAACAAAGAGUUCCUUACAAAGCCUUCAGAAUACUCUUGGGAAAAAGUAAUUUUCAUUUUUGGGUUAAAUAGGUUAAAUGGAAGUGGACCUACCUGGUUAUAUGUACCAUGGUAAAAUAAUGAAUUGGCAAUUUUUUUAUUUUAAAUAUUGAGAACUACAACUCUGAAUUUGAGACAUGGUACUCAAUUAAGGGUCAUUUCUGACUUUUGCAUUAUUUUACAUUGAUUUGAAUGUGAACAGGUCACAAUUUUUACAUAGAAUGACCGACCAUAUUGUUGUUGUUGUACUGGAGUGUCAAGUAAAUAUGAAAUUUAGUGCUGAUAUUAUAUAUGCUGUGAUAAAAAUCAUAAUUUGGAAGAGUACAUGGCAUCAUUUAAUCACAAUUUAUUACACUGUAUGUAAUGUCAAAAUAUCCACACAUAAUGAUUAAUAUCUCAAUGAUAAAAGUCAGUACUAUGUCUAUAUUGUCUUUGGAUAGCAUUUGCUAUGCAGAAUAACUAAAAUCCAUUAUAUAUCACCACAGAUAAAAGAGAAAGUCAGUACUGUUCCUUUCCUUUCACUGUGAGGCAUGUAAGCAUUUAUACAAAAAGCUUCCAGUUUACCAGUCUUCCAGGGUGACUGACAUAUUAUAUCAGUGCAAAUGUGGAAGAUCUGUUUUCUCUAUCACACACGGAAGUUUAUAUCUUGUAUGUUUCAGUGUUUUAAUCAAUUUUUUUUCUUUUUUGUCUAUGUAAAUAUGUGUAUAAAAAAAAAAAAACAGAAAAGAAAAAAUUUGUAUAUUGUGAACAUAAGCUUCAUAAGCUUUUUCUGAUACUCUUUGAUUCAAGGAGCUGCCAGCCAUGCGAGUGGUAUGUAGUGUUAUGGAUAUAGUUUUGUGGCUCAACCACAUAUAUAUCCACCACCGUCACAAUACCUUUCUCCUGAUAGGUUAAUUCUAGCCUAUGGCAUCUUGUAUUUCAGAUCUACAGUCUGUUUUUAAGAAACUUCUUGGUAAACAAACUAAAAAAAUAAAUAAAUAGAUAAAUAAAUAAAAAAUCCCCAGGAAUUGUAGCAGGGGGAACACCAAAGUUGUAAGAUUGUGCUUUUGUGUUAGGGCAUCUCUUCUAGGACCUCGUAUGUCGGUGUUAAGCUCCGUCCAAUAAUCACAUGUACUUAUUUAUUAAUAAAAGUAUGGUGAAGAAA